AUGAGCAGUAGUAGUAAAGAUGUUGACAUAAUAGAAAUUGAGGAUGCUAGCAUGGAAUUGCAACAGGAUGAGAGGGAUAUAUGUGUAUCUAAUGCUAAUGAGAAUGAGGUUGAUGUGGAUGUUGUUUGUACUCAAGCUUCAUUGCGUUCAGUUAUGGUGAAUUCUACGGUGAUCACCACUGCGCUCAAGGCUGCUUUCCUGCACUCAGACCCGCUCUACUCGGUCCUCUUAUUUCUGAUACUGAUCUCAUUCUGCAUUUUCAACUUCCUCAUGGUGAUAAUCCUAAGUGUCUACUUCAUGUCUUCUCACAUGCAGGAUGAACCUCGCUACGUCCUCUUCAUCCACAUGCUCAUCAGUGACACAAUGUAUCUCACACUAGGGCUCUUCGUCUUCUUUGUGUCAGCGUAUUUAAUUUAUUUCCCUGCCCCUGUUUGCUACAUACUGGUCACGGCAUCCUCUUCGGGAUUGGUGGUGACUCCGGUGAACCUCGCAGUCAUGUGUCUGGAGCGGUAUGUUGCCAUCUGUUUCCCGCUACGGCACGCAGUGCUUUGCACCAGACAGAAGUCAUAUUUGGCCAUUGCCGUGAUUUGGAUAAUUGGACUGACACCUAAUCUUGCUGAUUUUAUUAUUUUGUGCUUUUCAGUGAAGCAGAACUUUUUUUCUUUUUAUUGUUUGUGUGGAAAAACCGUGUUUAUAGUCAGCCAAGCCCAAAGCACCUUGUGGUAUUUCGCCCAUGCCUUGACGUUUUCCCUGGUGGGGCUGAUAAUCGCCUUCACCUACAUCAAGAUCAUGCUGGUGGCAGUGAAGGUGGACUCGGGAAAGACUUCUGCUUCCAAGGCUGGGAGAACCGUCAUACUGCAUGUCCUUCAGCUUCUCCUGUGCCUGACCGCUUUCACAUAUGCCAUUACCGAAGCGUACCUCCGCAAAUAUCUUUACAUGUUACCUUUAAUCAACUUCUUCUUUUUCAUGUGUCUCCCACGGUGCAUUAGUCCAUUAAUUUACGGACUAAGAGAUGAAGUGUUUGGUAAAUACAUAAAGAGUUUGGUGCUUUGUAAACGCAUGAGGACAAUCCCAAAUGCAGUGGCAGCAUAA